AUGCUGGAAGAGUAUGAGUCUCAUCGAAUGGCACAACCUCAAACGGCCAUUCAACUUUAUAGUCAGAAGGUAGAGCUUAAUAAGAGUCAGAACAAAAAGUGUAUGUUAUGUGGCCAUAAAGAAAUAAGUCAACAGUUAAACUCUCCGCUGUACAUGCUGAAUGAUGUUAUUGUACAUUAUUUCUGCAUUAUGUUAUCAACGAAGGCCGUGAAAAAUGGUAGUGACAAGGAGGGUAUUUGGGGAUACUUAUUAAACGAUAUCAGAGCUGAAAUAACCCGAGGAUCUAGAGUGACUUGCGUUUAUUGCAAUAAAAAGGGUGCAACUUUAUCGUGCAUUGAAGCAGUGAACUGUCGAAAACAGUUCCAUCUUCCUUGUGGACUUAAAAAUGGGUCUAUGCAUCAUUUUUUUCAGCCAUACAAAUCGUUUUGCCAACAGCACCGCGUUCAGCCAGUUAUAGAUUUAACAGAGAUACUUCCAUCCGCUUAUCCUACCGUAGAAUGUGGUAUUUGUAAUGAUAAUGUUGUACCAUCGACUUCACCGACUGCCAUUUGGGUGCCUUGUUGCAGUGUUUGGUUUCACCGAGUCUGUGUUCAAGAUCUGGCAUUGCGUAGAGGCUACUUUAUUGAAUGCCCUAAAUGUGAAAACGUCGAUAAAUUCAAGAGCCGAAUUCUCCUACUCGGAAUAAAUAUACCAUCACUGUAUGCCACUUGGGAGAAAAGAAGGUCUUCACAGAAUGCUAUACUGAAUACUCUACAGAACAGUUUUGAAAAGUUCUCUGAAAGGUCCAUACAAUGCGAUGCUACACGCUGUCUCUGUCCUCAUGAAGGGAAACGUAACUUUCAAAAUGAAUUUCGAUGGAAAUUAGUUCUGUGCAGAACAUGUGGGUACAGACAAACGCAUGUAAGCUGCAGUUCAAUUAGAUUUGAUGAGAAAUGGAACUGCGAAGAAUGCCAGACAAUGAUUACAAAUAUUCCAGCAAGACGAUUGGAAUUACCUAUUGAUGGGAAUGCUGUAGGUAUUUCAGCAAUUUUUGGUGAUUUUGAUGCAUAUGGAAUGGUUAUUCGUAAAAAGCCGUACGCGUACAUUCCGGGAUACAUUCAAAGACGAGAAUAA